AUGUUCAUUAUCUCCAUCGUUGAACUUUUCGUCAGUCGUUCCUUUUUUUCGGUCAUUCACAUUACAAAGUAAAGACAAAAUUUGGUUGAAUUUUCUUAAAUUUUGUUAAUAUGUAAGAUGUUCUAGUGUAAAACAAUGAGUUGGUUAUAGCAUAUAAUUAUUCAUGAAUCUUACGCCAUUCAGGAUUGUAUUAUUAAACACGGUGCGUUAUCGUUUGUGUUGAGAAUUUGUGUUUGUUUAACGUAGGUAGGCCUAUUAUUCACCAAGGUUGAGUUAAUCGUUAAAUUUUCUAAUAAAUUCUUCGUUUGGCGCGAUUAAUUUCAUUCAUUUCGUAAAAUGUCGUUAUAACAUACUUCCUAUUGAAGAUUCAAUCGAUGAACGCGAUGGAACCUCCGAACUUGGUCCAACAAAUCAUGGACCGAGGGAAAAAAGGAGCUGCUGAUUAUCUGAAAAAUUGUCGUUCACCCGAGCUUAUAUACGAAGUUUUAGACCAAUUUCUGAAUCCCGAUGUUUUGAUCAACAACGAAGAGUCUAUCGACUGGAUCAAAUGGCUUAUGGCUGGAGGUAAAACUCCAGAUGAGUUUACCAACUUGGUCAAAAAGUACAACAAAGCUACCACUUGCGGAUUAGUGUGGACAGCGAAUUUCAUUGCUUAUCGAUGCAGGACAUGUGGCAUAUCACCUUGCAUGUCUUUGUGCGCCGAGUGUUUUCAAAGAGGUCAUCAUGAAAAUCACGACUUCAAUAUGUUCCGAAGUCAAGCUGGUGGAGCCUGCGAUUGCGGUGACACAUCAGUUAUGCGUUCUUCUGGAUUCUGUGAUAAACAUGGUGCUAAUGAUGAAUCAGAAUGUAUGCAACCUCCGCCUGAUCUAAUGUAUAUCGCGGAGCAUAUUACCCCAAGAAUCUUUUUCAAAUUAAUUUUAUACUUGAGAAAUAUAGGACGUGAAGCACAUCCAAAUAAUAACGAUGCUCAUAACAGUUUUGACGCCGAUAAUUUUUUAACCAUGUUAAGUGAAUUAAGUAGUAUGGGAUCUGCGAUGAGAAGGGUAUUAACAAAAGCAUUAAUCAAUCCUCAGGAGUAUAAGAAAUUAACGCAAGGAUGGGCGAAAGAUGAUUCUAAAUUCGCCGCUUAUAUGGCUACUAGUCAAAAAUUGUACGAAGAAGCAUUAGCAUCUUUAGGAAAUCCAGAUCCUCCGGCUCAAUUUGAAGACUGUCCUGGAUUACAAAAAGAAUUGAAGCAUAAUACAUUUCUAGAAGAAUUAGUAUUUUGGACUGUGAAAUAUGAAUUCCCGCAAAAAGUUGUUUGUUUUUUAUUGAACAUGUUGCCGGAUAUUAAAUAUAAGGAAGCGUUAACGGAAGCAUUUGUCGUCCAUUAUAGUCGAAUAGCGAUGAUCUUGGAAAAAACAACGGAUUCGGAUAUGUUAUCGAAUCGUAUCGUUCACGUUAGUGUGCAAUUAUUCUCAAAUGAAAAUCUAGCCGUCCGUAUGACGAAAGAAUUCUGCCUUUUACAAGUUAUGGUUGUCAGCUUGAAAAAUAUGAUGAGCAAAAUACUGAUUUCAAGAACUUUAAAUGCUCGAAAUAUUUCGUUUAGUAACAGAGAUCCUCCAAUGGUGGUGGAUUGCAGUUUGUCAGUAAUGAAAGAUCAUUGUUACUGGCCUCUAGUUUCCGAUCUAAAUAACGUAUUAUCUCAUCGGCCGGUCGCUGUUCAGUUCAUGAGUAACGAUACGCUGACUAAUAUGUGGUUCUCGUUUUUAUCGUAUUUUCAAGGCAUGAAUGUGAAUCUACGAGAACAGAGUCAGCAUAUUGAAUUCGAACCGAAUACGUAUUACGCAGCAUUCUCGGCUGAAUUAGAGGCUAGCGCGUAUCCGAUGUGGGCGUUGCUAUCCCAUCUAAAUAACACAAAUACAGUGAUAUUAACGAAGAAAAUGUUGAAUAAUUGCUUGACUGCGUUAGAAGAGUGGACUGAAAUUGGAAAUGUUGCCGAUGCUUUCGGCGAAAAUUUAGUCUCUUUUCAUAUUCCGUUGCAUCGAUAUUUAGCCACGUUCAUUUGUCAAGCGGUCAACGUGCAGCAAAUUCCUUUAUCUGAAGUUUUACCCAGGAAUAGUUUGAUCGCCUCUAUUAUAAGGCAUCCUUUGCGUGUUCAGGUCGCAUUUUACGAAAUCGUUAACGGAUUAUGGGUCCGCAAUGGAUUGCAAAUUAAAGGACAAGCGAUGACAUAUAUUCAGUGUAAUUUUUGUAGCUCGAUGGUCGAUGCGGAUUUGUAUUUAUUACAAAUUCUAUCCACUCAAUUGCGCGCCGUUGAUUUCAUGUUAGAUGUAGUUGAAAAGUUUCAUAUUAGAGAUUGGUUGAGCUUCUUUAACGGUGUCGAUGGAUCGAAUUCGAGUACUGAUAGCGAUAAUGAUACUCCUAUGUUGGAAAGCUUCCUGCAAUUCAUCGCCACCUUGUGCAGCAAUCGAACCAAUUUGGGUGUUUCUUAUUACGAAUUCGGCGGUUCCAAGUACCCUAUUCUUACUCGUUUGGAAAUGGUGACUUUAUUGUGUGUCGCUGACAAGCCACAUAGUCAGUUGAUGGAGUUGAUGCCAGAACGUUGCGGUACCGGACAGCUGAGAGAUUUUGAUGCAAUUCUUGAGCAAGUGGCUGAUUACAAAGCGCCGAUUUUUGAAGCCAGUGGAAACAUGCAACAAGGUUUAUACAUCCCAAAAGCUUGUGUUUGGGAAAAAUUAUACGACCCUAUUCACGUUCUCUUGCGAGCCGUCCAAAGAAAAGAUUUUCAAAAUUCAAUGGAUCGUUUUACCGAAUUUGUGAAGCAAAAUAAUCUGCUGCCUGUGGGUACUGUACCAUGGCCUCCUUAUCGUAUACCUGCGAAAUGUAAUCCGGCUUACGAAGAUCCUCGUCGUAUUCUGGAAACUCGCGUAUUUCACUCCGUCGUUUGGAUAAUAUUGUACAAAGCUGUGCAUAUGAGAAACGUAUCCGAACACGUCAUGUCAUUAGCGGUGUAUUUAUUAGAAAUGGCUUUAAGUAUUUCUCCUCCGGCUAGUUCCAACUUCUCACAAGUGUGUUCGCAAAACACGACUAAUUGGUUGGACGUUACAAAUUUGGACUUGGCUACUUGGUUUUUAUCGGAUUGGCUAUCGGCUAAUCUUAGAACGACAAUCAGAUAUGUAGUACUUCCUCCUUCGGAUAUUCAUUCGGACAUUCAACAUUGUUUCGAUCAUUCAGCUGAAUUAGAAUGGAAUCCAUAUCCGGAAGCCUACGAAUUGAGUUCUGCUAGUCAGUCGCCUCUCAGACGUUUACUCGAAGAAACCAUGUCUUCGGAUUCAGAAAUUGAUCAAAGUACUGCUAGUACGUCAUUAGUUUCUUCGAAUGUUAAUGAAAGUGCUAUUGCGUUACCAUCAUCUAGUCAUCCGUACGGAAUGUCGUAUGAUCUGGAAUUAGCUCGUUCCGCUGUUGCUGUUGCUUCUGCUUAUUCUGUACCUCAAGUUAGAGGGAUUCAAGAAUCUCAACCUUCUAGUUCUAGUGCAUCGUCUUUAGCUAGCGAUUUAAUACCUGAUAUACAAAGAUAUCUGUUACCAGUUCUCAAUCGAAAUUCGGGUGCGCUUUUACAGAGCCGAAAAAGCGCUGUAGCUAUCAGUACUACUUCCAGUUCGUCGAAUUCUGAUUCUAAAAUAUUCAACGCAAAUGAAAGUAUUAUAUCGUUGCUCUUGAAACUGCAUUCUCACUUGUCCGGUCACACAGAUUCGUUCAAUCCGGAGAAGGCUAAUUCCGAUAAUUUGGACUGUAGAAUCGGCGACGGACCUGCUUUCAUUGGAAAAGUACUCAAACGUAUUAUGUUAUUGGAUGAUCACUGCAGGGAAGAAGUUUUGCAAUGUCGUCAAAGGUUAUGGCCUCAAAGGCCUUUCAAAGACGACGGUGAUAAAAAAGACUUGGAAGAUAAGGAAAAAGAGAGAAAACGAAUCGCUCGUGAAAGACAGAAAAAAUUAAUCGAAACUUUCGCUCAUCAAAGAGACGAAUUUCAAAAGAAAAAUAUUGACGCUACCGGAGAAGAUAAAAUGGAUUGGGAAGGUAGCGACGAACCGCAAGAAGUUGUCCAAAAAGAAUACCAUUGCGUUAUUUGUGGCCAGUCUUCUCCUAGCAAAGAAGAUAAACCAAUGGGUCUAGUUGUCCUUGUUCAAGCUACGAGCAUACUAGGUCAUAAAAAGAAGAUCAACGAAAGACCAGUACUUCCGGUAUGUGACAAAGAUAGAGCUAAUUCGUCUCUUCGAGAAACUUUAGCUAGUGAUUUUGAGAAAAAAGUCGAAGAGCUGAAUCGCGAAUUUGAUACGUGUUCAUGGUGGCAAUCGGUUAAUCUCGGCUGGGAAGGUGGCAUUCAUGUUCAAACGUGCGGUCAUCAUCUGCAUUUAGAAUGUCUAACGUCGUAUUUGCAAUCGUUGCGAAAUCAACAAAGAGUUGUCGUCGACAGGUUCGAAUUAAAAAAAGGAGAAUACCUAUGUCCGCUGUGUCGACAGCUAGCCAAUAGCGUGCUGCCAAUGCCACCGGAUGUCGGUGAAAAUGCUGCUGUGUCGUCUAGAACUGAUCAUAUUCCGACGAUUAUUUCAGAUAUCGGUAAUCUGAUGAUUGAUAUUGAGCAUUCGAGUCAUCUACAAUGUUCGUCUAAUUCUUCUUCGGCUUUAACCGAAGCCAUUAAGAAAUCUAUGGGUGAUAUGACCAAUUGCACUUAUCCGAAAUUUGUACAAAGAUGUGAUCCACAACAGGUCUCCACAUUUUUCUUAUUCGUGACUUCGAUCGCGAGAACAAAUCUGGAAAUCGAUAUCGUUCAACGUGGAGGCUCGUUAUUGAAACCAGAAGAACAUAGUUCUACCAGAGAGAGCUCAUCCUCACUGAUCCCAAAAAGAUCGUGUUUAAUGCCACUACUUCAUGUACUAGCCACUCAUGCACGUUUACUGGCUCAUCCUCCGGUUUGGGAAACGUGGCAGCAAUUAACCGGCGUUGUUUUCAAAGAGCAUACGUCGCUGACGUUAAAUUCCGAUCAUCGAAGUGUGCCAUUGCUGUUACGUGAUCCAGCAGCGUUACUAACUCAAUUCGUAUUACUUUUACCUUUGAAUAUGGAUCAAAUGUAUUUCACCGGUAUCGUUAAACUACUGUAUAAUUUACUGUAUUUCCAAGUAAUGGCUCAAUUGUCGUGCCAUCUCAAGGAAUCGGAACGUAAUUAUUUUCGCGCUACCGAAUUAGACAUGGCCGCUGGAAUUUUAAUGAAAGAAUUCUCACUGGAUCAUGCGAUGAAAUUAACUAUCGAAUCUAUGGACGCUGUGCACCUUUAUCUAGAAGAUGGCAACCUAACUAAUAUCGAAGAACCAGCUCGUAAAACUCUAGAAUUACAAAUUCAAGAGUUAUGUUUACCUUUUCUACGAGUAGCUUCGGUUCUUCGUCAUCAUAUGUACAACGAACCGCUACCCGGUGUUUUGGUCGAAGCGGAUGAAUUCGUGCGACUAGUUUAUUACUUAGAAUUAGUGUCUUGUGGCAUGGAUAGGUCGAAAUUCAAUUCGGCCGUCGUGUUCACUUGGCCGAGUGAAAAUUUGAACUUUGUUAAUUUCUGGUUCGAUCAAUUUUCACAUUACGUAUCCCAGAAUCAAGUAUGGGCGCGUAAUUUCUUAUCCGAAUUACAUAUAUCUUGGAAACAACCGAGAUUGCUCAAGUUACCGCGUAAAUACGAAGUCAUAUUUCAGUAUUAUCAUCAAAAACCUUGCAGUUAUUGUCAACAGGUACCCCAAAAGGGCACUGUUUGUUUAGUAUGUGGUACUCUAGUCUGUUUUAAGCAGAGCUGCUGCAGGCGAGAAAGAAUCAACGAAACUAUACAACAUUCGAUCGACUGUGGUGCUGGUACGGCAAUGUUUCUUGUGAUAACCUCUUCCUCUGUGAUUGUAGUACGAGGUAAAAGAGCUUGUAUUUGGGGCUCUGUUUACUUAGACGUCUUCGGCGAGGAAGACAACGAAUUAAAGCGUGGAAAGCCACUUUUCCUCAGCGAAGAACGAUAUAACUUGUUAGAACAACAAUGGCUGUCGCAUCGUUUCGACCACACGUCAAAAAAAUGGAUUAUGCAUAGAGACGGUUUGUAGAUGAUGAUUUAUCAAAUGCAUAAGUAUGCAUUCUGUUAUGCGUUAGUUUUGCUUCGAGUAACCAAAUACCCCUCUUUCCCCUCCUUUCGGUAUUCGUAUCUUUCCGUCUUAUACAUAGACUUAUAUUUUGAUUGUUACGCGGUUAAUUUUUUUUUUAUUUCUUUACACGUUUAUAUACAUUAUACUUGUAUAAAUUUUUUAAUUUCUAAAAUAACGUGUACUAUACUCUUUAAUUGGUAUUUUCCAUGUUUUGUUUCCUUUUUCUUGUUCUUUCUCGUUUUCUUCUGUUUGUUCGUUUUAUUUUUAUUUUUUGUUUCGUAAUGUACAAAAAGGUGUACAUUAGUAUGGGGAGUAUCGUUAUAUUGGAUGUUUUUUUUUUUUGGCAAAUUUUAUAUUAUCUCGGUUUAUCGUGCGUAUCAGACGAAUGAAAAAAUGUUACGCAAAAUACGCUUAAAGCUACCAUUCAGCCGGUCGAUUUUUCUAUUACUACGAUUUUCUUCGUAUUUUUGCGAGUCAAUUAGAUUUAAUGAGGCGAUAGAUGAUUUCACGUUUGCAUGAUGUGGGUUUUAGCUCUUUUUAUUUUUUAUUUUUGUUUUCUCGAUCGCAUGUCAUCGGCUGUGGUAUUCGAUAUCGUUUACGACGUAGUUAGGAAAAAUUGUUACGUUUUUACAUUUUUAUUCGAUUUAAAAGAUACAGCAGAGUGUAGAGAGUGAGUCGAACGUGUUUUUUUUUAGGUUUGGUUGGAUGAAAAGUUGCCUUCACGUGUGAAUGCAAUUUCAUUUAAAAAUUGAAAAAUCCUCUUUUGGUACAUCUACGUCCAAGUUUUAAUGAAAUAUGAUAUUUUUUUGUAUUAAUUUUCAAUGUAGUGAAAAAAUUACGUAUUUCAUCUUGAUUAAUCUUGAUUAACAUGUUUGAAUAUCUCUAAAAAAAAAAAAAAUAUUAGAAACUUUCAGAAAAUGGUUUUCAAACAUCCUGUAUUGUUCGAAUCACUCUUCUGCGAAUUCUUCUGAAAAAUGUAUCUUUUGGCUGCCUUUUGCCGGAAAUGUUAGUUAAUUUAGUUUUGUCGGUUUUUUCUGCAGCAUGGCUCUUAGACGAUUUACUACAGACGAGAAGUAGUUUUGCCGAAUAGAUUCACAACGUAUCGACGGAUGUACGAGUGUGCAUUUUUUAAGUAGUACAUAUACUAAAAUGUGUGAUAAUUGUGAAUUGACUAAUAGAGCAUGUUGGACUUGUUUAAUUUUGUUUUAUUUUCAAAAUUCUUGCAGACAGUGUUUAAUUGUGUGAUUAAUACAUUAUAACUGUAUUGACGUAAUUUAAGCCUGAUUUUCGAAUUGGAGACAUAAUUCACAUGAUAACGGUUUUUCUUUCCUCGUCAUAAUUUUUGUUCGAAGAAAUCUGAUGUCAACUGUAAAGCAACAUUACUCGUCUUGGAUUGUAAAACUUUUAUUUUUGAAUGAAUCAUAACUUGUUUGAAGAAAGAAAAAGAGAGAUCAGAGAUUGUCAAUGUUUAUUUUCAUUUUAUUCGACUAGAAGUGAUUUACCAGUAUUACAGUUUUAGUCAACUGUUCAUUUUGAUUCCAUUGACUCUUCUUAAUGAAUAUUUUGUCAAAAUUUUGAAAAUUUAUUCACCAAUUAUCUACCUUAAGAUUACAAUUUUUUCUUUCUUUUUUUCAAAUGAAAGAAUUCUAAUUUAAUGGCAGAUUUGGAAGCAAAGUUUUUGUGUUCGUUUUUGUUGUAAGUAUUUUUCAUCGUCUGAUUUUUAUCAUGAUAAGAUUUCGUAAGUAUUCAAUUAGUGUGGCAGCUCUUUAUUUUUGUUAAUGAUGUCGAAACACAACGUGCCUUAAAUUUUAUUUUAUUCAAACAUAUUUGUAUUUUUUUAUUAUCCCGAAAACGACAAAACGUAGGAGUGAUCUGAUAACGUAAUGUUCUAUUGCGAUAUCGUUUCGUUAUUUAUUAUAAAACGUUAUUAGAUUAAAAUAUAAUGUGGAUUAUCGUGUUAAUAUUUUCAAGUUUAUUACCUACGCUGUAGUUUGUAUACAUGAAACGAACAUUUCCUUAUUCGAAAAACUCUCUCGACUUGAUUCUCUUUAACGAAGAUCUGUUGACGAUUUUCGUUAUAUUGUUUGUUUUUCAAACCGCUGCGAACACAUUAGUUACCAAAUAAAUGUAAUAAAUAUGUAUUUGAUUGUAAAUUUAUGCAUAGUCGCGUGUGACAAAGAUGUACCAUAUGUUUGAAAACAAACCGAAAAAAUAAUCUCAAUUUGAACUUUUUUUUUGAGACUUAAGCCAAUGUGAAUUUACUUAGAAACUCGAUAGAAUAGUAUUUUGACAAUUUUCGAUGCAUGUACCUUAUGUGCGAAAAGGUAUACCCGAAUUAAUAUUAAUUUUUAAUUUUUGGACGGUUUAUCGUAUUAGAUGCCUAUAUUUUUCAAUUGUAUAUGUUGUUUGUUCCUUUGUUUAUAAUUACGCAAAUUUUUCCCUUUUUUCCUCUAAUACGUUAAUUCAAAAUUAUUGUAACAAUAUACGCGUAGUUGCUUUUUGUUUUUAUUUUUUCUAUUUGUUUAUUAUUCGUAAUCUUUUUAAUUUUAUACGUACUUUGUGUACUGGUUGUGUAUAAUUUUUUUUGUCUUUAAUGUGAAAUACAAUCUUGAUAAUUA